AGUGGCGGCAAAAAUGGUCGUCUCGUUUAGUUGCUUUAUAAUGAAUCACCAAAGCUAUUUUAUUUAAUUUCAUGAGAGGAUAAAACAUCGUUGUAACCGCAAAUACACAAUGGAGAUGAAUGGACCGCAUAAUAUUUAAUAAUAAUUUUCUUCUGGUAUUAAUUUGACAUGUUGAACUGCCAUCAUCCGAACGACAUGGAUGAAACAGGCGAGUUGAAAAAGGACAAGAGACGUAUUUAUUUCAGUAACUCAAAGAGUAAGGAUGGCGAAGUUAAAAAGAAGAAAGAAAAAAAGGAAAAGUUGCCCAUGGUUGGCCCCAUUGAACUGUUCAAGUUUGCAGAAGGCAAAGAUUUGGCGCUGCUCAUCUUCGGGACACUGAUGUCCAUGACCCAUGGCGUGGUGUUGCCGAUGAUGCUAAUCGUGUUUGGGGACAUGACGGACAGCCUCGUGAGUGAUGCAGCGGCCUCGCUCAUGAACACCAGCCAUCCCAAUUUCACAAUGCCAAACAGCACCUUACAGGCGGACAUGACCACCUUUGCCAUCUAUUACUCCAUCUUGGGCGCUUUGGUGUUGGUGGCCGCCUACAUGCAAGUUGCCUUCUUUACGCUGUCAGCCGGACGGCAGGUCAAACGCAUUCGAAAGCAUUUUUUCCAUAGCAUCAUGCGACAGGACAUCGGCUGGUUUGACGUCAGCGAGACAGGAGAGCUCAACACUCGUCUCACAGAUGACGUCUAUAAGAUCCAAGAAGGUAUUGGAGACAAGGUGGCCAUGCUCAUCCAGUCCUUUACCACCUUCUUCACCUCCGUCAUCAUCGGUUUAGUCAAAGGAUGGAAGCUCACCUUGGUCCUCCUGGCCAUUAGCCCCUUGCUGGGUAUUACGGCGGCACUUUUCAGUAUGGUUCUGACGUCAUUCACCUCUAAAGAGCAGACUGCUUAUGCUAAAGCGGGGGCCGUGGCAGAGGAGGUUCUUUCUUCCAUCAGGACCGUGUUUGCCUUCAGUGGUCAGCAGAGGGAGAUUGACAGGUAUCAUAAGAACCUGCAGGAUGCUAGGAACAUGGGAAUAAAGAAAGCAAUAAGUUCAAACAUCGCUAUGGGCUUCACCUUCUUGGUCAUCUACCUGUCUUAUGCUCUGGCCUUCUGGUACGGGAGUACGCUCAUCCUGAGUGGCGAGUACACUAUCGGGGUUGUACUCACGGUUUUAUUCGCUCUGCUUCUCGGAGUGUUUGCAUUGGGGCAGACCUCACCGAACAUCCAGUCGUUUGCCAGUGCUCGAGGAGCUGCACACAAAGUGUACAGGAUCAUUGAAAAUAAACCGAGCAUCGACAGCUAUUCGGACGGCGGCUUCAAACCUGACGCCAUCACUGGUAACAUACUGUUCAAGAACAUCCACUUUAACUACCCCUCGAGGCCGGACGUCAAAGUAUUAAACAACAUGUCCCUGAGCGUGAAGAGUGGACAGACCAUUGCUUUAGUGGGAAGCAGUGGCUGUGGAAAAAGCACCACCAUCCAGCUGUUGCAGAGGUUCUACGAUCCUCAGGAGGGAACCAUAUUCGUCGAUGACCACGACAUCCGUUCUCUCAAUGUCCGCUACCUGCGAGAGAUGAUCGGAGUGGUGAGUCAAGAGCCCAUCCUUUUUGCCACCACCAUCGCAGAGAACAUCCGAUACGGCCGACCUGACGUGACGCAGCAGGAGAUCGAGCGAGCAACCAAGGAGGCCAACGCCUACGACUUCAUCGUCAACCUUCCUGAUAAGUUUGAGACACUGGUCGGGAAUCGGGGGACUCAGCUGAGUGGAGGACAGAAACAGAGGAUUGCAAUUGCUCGAGCGCUAGUCCGGAACCCCAAAAUCCUUCUGCUGGAUGAAGCAACAUCUGCUCUGGAUGCUGAGAGUGAGACUAUUGUACAGGCGGCACUGGACAAGGUUCGACUGGGUCGUACCACCAUAGUUGUGGCCCAUCGCCUCUCCACUGUCAGAAACGCUGAUAUCAUCGCUGGCUUUCAAAACGGAGCAGUUGUGGAGUUGGGCACCCACAGCCAGCUGAUGGAAAAAAAGGGUGUCUACCACAGUCUGGUCACUAUGCAGACCUUCGAGGAAGCCCAAGAUGAGGAGCAGUAUGGCGACCAGGAGGAAAAGAGCCCGGUAUCAUGCCCGGAUUCCCCUCUGAUUAGGAGAAGGUCCACAAAAACGUCUUUUGCUGGUUCAGAAGGAAAGAAAGAAGAGCAAGAAAAGCUGGUGGACGGCAAGGACAAAACCGAGGAGGAUGAAAAAGUCCCACCCGUGUCGUUCUUAAAAGUCAUGCGUUUCAACCUUCCCGAGUGGCCUUACAUUUUGGUCGGGACGAUCUGCGCUACGAUCAAUGGAGCAAUGCAGCCUUUGUUUGCCAUCCUCUUCUCCAAGAUCAUCACUGUAUUUGCAGAGCCGGAUAUCGAAGUUGUUCGACAGAGAUCUGAAUUCUUUUCACUCAUGUUUGUUGCUAUCGGAGCCGUAUCUUUUUUCUCCAUGUUUCUCCAGGGUUACUGUUUUGGUAAAUCUGGAGAGAUCCUUACUAUGAAACUGAGACUUUCAGCAUUCAAGUCCAUGAUGAGGCAGGAUCUCGGCUGGUUUGAUGACCAUAAAAACAGCAUUGGUGCUCUCACUACAAGGCUGGCCACGGAUGCCGCUCAAGUCCAAGGCGCUACGGGAGUACGUCUGGCUACUCUGGUGCAGAAUCUAGCCAACAUGGGCACAGGUCUGAUUCUGGCCUUUGUGUACGGCUGGGAGCUGACGCUGCUCAUCCUGGCAGUGGUGCCUGCUAUGGCAGUGGCCGGAACGGUGCAGAUGAAGUUGCUAGCCGGGCAAGCUGCCGAGGACAAGAAGGAGCUGGAGAAGGCUGGAAAGAUCGCUACAGAAGCCAUCGACAAUAUUCGCACCGUUGCAUCUCUGACCAGAGAACCCACGUUUGAGUCCCUGUAUCAUGAAAACCUCCGCGUUCCAUACAAAAACUCCCAGAAAAAAGCCAACGUGUACGGCUUUACCUUUGCAUUUUCCCAGGCCAUGAUCUACUUUGCUUACGCAGGAUGUUUCCGGUUUGGAGCUUGGCUCAUUGACAAUAAACGAAUGGACGCAGAGGCAGUUUUCUUGGUGGUUUCGGCGGUUCUGUAUGGCGCCAUGGCUCUCGGAGAAGCCAAUUCCUUCACUCCCAACUACGCAAAGGCCAAAAUGUCUGCUGCACACCUCAUGGUGCUUCUGAACAGAGAACCCGCCAUUGAUAAUCUCUCAGACGAGGGGGAGUCACUGGAAAAAUUUCACGGUAAUGUGCAGUUUGAGAGUGUAAAGUUUAACUACCCCUCACGCCCCGACGUGCCCGUCCUGCGAGGUCUGAAUCUGAAGGUGAAAAAGGGAGAGACGUUGGCCCUGGUGGGGAGCAGCGGCUGUGGGAAAAGCACAACCAUACAACUUCUGGAGAGGUUCUACGACACCUCCAACGGGACAGUGAUGCUCGAUUCCAGGAAUGUGAAAGAGCUGAACAUCCACUGGCUGAGGUCUCAGAUGGGUAUUGUGUCCCAGGAGCCUGUGCUGUUUGACUGUAGCUUGGCUGAAAACAUCGCCUACGGGGACAACAGUCGCACUGUAACCAUGGAGGAGAUCAAGGCGGCUGCUGAGGCCGCCAACAUUCACAGCUUCAUUGAAAACCUGCCAAAGAAGUAUGACACCCAGGCGGGCGAUAAGGGCACCCAGCUGUCAGGUGGUCAGAAACAACGAAUAGCCAUCGCCCGAGCCAUCCUCCGUAACCCCAAACUGUUGCUUCUGGAUGAGGCCACGUCUGCACUCGACGCCGAGAGCGAGAAGGUGGUGCAAGAGGCGUUGGACAAAGCGAGGCAGGGCAGGACGUGCAUCAUUGUAGCCCACCGUCUGUCCACCAUCCAAAACGCAGACCGCAUCGCUGUCUUUCAAGGAGGGGAGGUGGUAGAACAAGGGACACACCAACAGCUCUUAGCCAAAAAGGGCGUUUAUCACAUGCUGGUCACGACCCAAAUGGGUCACGGAAGGGAAUCAGAAUAAUCACAUGAAUUGACUUUAUUUGAACAGGUAUGCAGGCUUUGUAUCACGUUUUUUUUUAAUUAUCAGUAGUGGCUGUUUGUUUGAAUGCACUACCUCAGCAUUGGCAUUUGUGCUGACUUCGCGUCUGUUGGCUGAAGCUCACUGAUUCUGGUCAUCAUCAUCAUCAUCAUCAUCAUCAUCCUCACACAAGUUGCCUUUUAGUCAAAUGGCUUGUUUAGCACGUUUUUGUGCCUUUUCGUUUAGGGCUGUCCAAGCACUGUGCCAGAUUAGACCAAUGUAACAUUACUAGCAUAUUGUACAAUCUGCACUGGAGUUGUACUACUGAUGUUUGCUGACAAAUUGAUGAAUGUGAAGGCAUUAAAAAGUCUGAGUUUGGAGAACUAUAAUGUAAUAUUGAAUGUAUUAAGUAUUGAUUAAAGUUUUGUA